AUGAAGUUGACCGCAUUGGCCGCCCUCUCCGGGCUGGCUGUCUCGCAGGCCACCUCCCAGCAAACCCUAGGGAAGGCCAAACAGCCUAACUUCCUCUUCGUCUUGACCGACGACCAGGAUCUGCAGCUCAAUUCGCCGGCAUACACGCCCAGUAUCCUCAAUCGCAUCAAGGAAAAGGGCAUCGACUUUACGAACCAUUUCGUGACGACGGCGCUGUGCUGCCCGUCGCGCGUGAGUCUCUGGACGGGGCGACAGGCGCAUAACACGAACGUCACGGACGUGAAACCGCCAUGGGCAGGAGGAUACCCCAAAUUCGUCUCGCAAGGGUUCAACGACGACUGGUUCCCCGUCUGGCUGCAACAGUCCGGCUACAACACCUUCUACACGGGCAAGCUGUUCAACGCGCACAGCGUCUCGACCUACAAUGACCCCUUCGUCAAGGGAUUCAACGGCUCCGAAUUCCUGCUCGACCCGUUCACCUACUCCUACUACAACUCGACCUACCAGCGGAACCACGAGGCGCCGCGCAGUUACGAGGGCCAGCACACCACGGACGUGAUCACCGACAAGGCGCUGGGCUUCCUGGACGACGCGCUGCAGGGCGAUCGCCCGUUCUUCCUGACCGUGUCGCCGAUUGCGCCGCACUCGAAUAUCGAUAAGUUGGGAGCGGAGAAGCCGACAAUCAUGGGAGAGCCGGUGCCUUUGCCGCGGCAUGCGCAUUUAUUUGCAGACGCGAAGGUGCCGCGGACGCCCAGCUUCAAUCCUAUCAACCACACCGGCCCCAGCUGGCUGCGGAACCUGCCUCUCAAAAACCAAACCGUGAUCGACUACGAGGACCACUACUACCGCCAGCGACUGCGCUCGCUGCAGGGGGUGAACGAGCUGGUCGACAAGCUGCUGGACCGACUGGAAGCGAGCGACGAGAUCGACAACACGUACAUCAUCUACUCGUCGGACAACGGGUUCCACAUCGGGCAGCACCGCAUGCCCCCGGGCAAGACGACGGGGUUCGAAGAGGACAUCCGCGUGCCGUUUUAUAUCCGCGGGCCAGGCAUCCCCGAGGGCCAGACGGAGGAGCGCGUGUCGACGCACAUCGAUCUGGUGCCGACCUUCUUCGAGCUGGCGGGCAUUCCGCUGCGCAAGGACUUUGACGGCACGCCGAUGCCGCUGAAGAAGAACGGGUCGAAGUCGGUGGCGCACGAGCAUGUCACGGUGGAGUAUUGGGGACGAGGAGUCAUCGAGGGGGAUUUCGCGAGAAUCGGACCCAACGGCGCAACCAACACGCCCAACAACACGUACAAGUCGGCACGCAUCAUCGGCGAGGACUACAACAUAUACUACUCGGUCUGGUGCACCAACGAGCACGAGCUCUACGAUCUAUCGACGGACCCCUACCAAAUCCACAACCUCUACACAACCAGCAACAGCACGAGCCUUCUCUCGCGGCCCCUUCCAGCAGUUGUCAACCGACUCGACGCUCUCCUCCUGGUGCUCAAGUCCUGCCAGGGCGCCACCUGCAUCAAGCCGUGGGAGGUUCUGCACCCGGACGGAUCAGUGCAGAGUCUACGCCAGGCGCUGGACAGCCGAUACGAUGCGUUCUACCGCCAGCAGCCGAAGGUGUCGUACGAGGCGUGUCUGGACGGAUAUCUGGUUGGGAAUGAGGGAGCUCAGGUGGGACUGGAGUAUCGGGAUGGGUUAAGCUGGGAUGCGUGGGCUUGA